GAAUGUUUACUGAAGAGGGGCUGAGCAAAAAGCCAAAAAAAAGUGUUGAACGUAAACAAAAGGCUGAAAUGCUUGCGUCCGAAGCCAUCAGCUGAAAAGUCAACAAUCCGAAAACGAUACUCGAGUGAAGAGUGAACCGCAAAUGUAAACACACUGAAAUAUGUGGAAACCUGGCCAUCAGAAUGCAUCAACCGAACCAUAUUCAAAAUAGGAUAGUGUUGAUUUUAUGGCUGAUGGUAGCACGGGAAGCCCUUGGCCAGCGUUCUUGGGAAAACAGCACCACACCUGCCCAUCCAACAACGAUAUCUCUGGGCCAGAGUGGGGAUGUGGACGCAGCGACUGCGCAGAUGGAGGUGCAUCGGUAUGUUACCAGUUUGCCAGGCACAAAAGCCCUGGAGCCUGUCACCAGGAUGCGCCUAAAUCCUACGCCUGAAGGAGAAAUCACAGAGCUAAGCACAAAUGUAACGCUCUAUAUGGAGAAAAUCCCACGACUACAGGUGCGAUGGCAGGACAAUCUGCCGGACGGCACUUCCUACAACGUCCUCGUCAGUGCAGUCAACAAUAGCCGUUGUCCCGAUGCUCCGUGCAGUGAAUACGGAAUCAAGCAGAGGAAGACCGGUUCCGAGUCCCACUUUGUAUACCUGCCAGUAAAUCCCAACAUGAACGUGGAGUCCGUGGAUUGCAACUACAUGUUUGGGUGCCAGUACCAGGUCAUUGUGGAGACAUCCAACGCGAUGGUCAGGCGAUCGGCCCGCGUCUACAUUCCUCAGUGUCUGGAGGGCAAGUGCUCCUGCAAAUUGGCGCCCACGCCGCCAAAGGUCCUGGCCGUGGGCAAGAUGCUCAGUAACGAGACCAUCAGCAUUAAUAUCUCGAUCCUGGCCAGCGAACUGUUGCGCAAGGAGCAGGACUCGCGUCUGCACGAAACAUUAAGGACCUACAAAAUGCAAUUGAAAAUCAACGAGGAGACAAACCCCUCGCUUCCCUGGGGCGGUGUACUGAAGCACCUGAUGACCCGCUCCUACAAUCUCAGCGAACUGAACUUCAGGCCAACGUCCAAGGGCUUCGAGGGCAUCAUGCGGCUGGGUCUGGGAACGCAGCUCAAGGAGAAGGCCUCCCUCAGUCUGCAGGCCGUCAUCAUCGAUCCUUCGGGAUGCGAGGGGCCACGCAGCGUAACCAAGGUGCCAGUGCCCGCCAAUCCCGUUCUGCUGAAUGAAGGUGACAGUGUGAGCAACUCCAUCGUUGUGAUGAGCGGCAUGCUAAUUGCCAUUAUCCUGGCUGGACUGAUGAUGUUGCUACUGCGACGACGACGGGCCAGGACAACUGCUAAGCUUCGAAAGCAGGAGCAGAUCUACAUCCAGACCUUUGCCGCCUCCGCCAUUGAGAUGGAGGACAAUGUAAAUUAUGUGGACAAGUAUGUCGAGAAGUCGCAAGUCCUGGGACUGGCAGACAUAUUCGAGGUUCCGCACUCGGCCAUCCAAAUUGGCCGAAUGUUGGGCGAAGGAGCCUUUGGUGAAGUGCACGAGGCCACUGCGAUUAACUUGCGCCGCAUGAGGGGCACCACCAUUGUGGCAGUUAAGCAGCUGAAACCCAAUCCAAAGGCGGAUGAGGUGGCCGAGUUUCUGGCCGAGAUCGAGAUGCUCAAGGGAGUGGGCACGCAUCACAAUGUCGUCUGUUUCCUGGGAUGCUGCACCAUCAAACCGCCCUACCUGUUGAUCACGGAAUUUGUAGGGAAGGGAAAUUUGCUGAGCUAUUUGCGAGCGGUGCGCCAGGAGGCGAGCAAAUUAAAGAGCCGGAAUGCCAACUACACCACCUGCAAGCCCAUUUCAUCCAGGUCCAAUGGCACUUCAUUACCCAAGUCGCCAAGCGUAAACUACAUCGAAUUAAAGGCGUCCAGCCAGACAAUUGAUUUGGCCCAAAUUCCGGAAAAUUCCAGUGCAGACAUGAACGUUCCGCGGCAACCGCAUCCCUCCUUUGCCGAAACCACUUACACCAUUGUGGAGGAAGAGGAUGCCUUCGAGUACAUACUAGACAACAAGGAACUGCACAACUUUGCACUGCAAAUUGCAAAUGGAAUGCGGUUCCUGGAAGAGCAGGAAAUAACGCACCGGGACCUGGCUGCGCGAAAUGUCCUAAUUGACAGCAACAAAACCCUGAAAAUAUCCGAUUUCGGUCUUUCCCGACACGGAAUUUAUACGAACACAAGGACGCGAAAGCUCCCGCUUCGCUGGCUGUCCAUCGAGGCCAUUCGCGACAAUGUCUACUCCAGCAAGAGCGACAUCUGGGCCUAUGGGGUGGUGCUCUGGGAGAUCGGGACUCUGGGGGCCUCUCCAUAUCCGACGAUCAGCAACAGCGAGCUGAUCCCGUUCCUGAUGGCGGGCAACCGUCUGGAGCGGCCGGAGAUCUGCACACCGCAGGUCUACACCAUCAUGCUGCAAUGUUGGCUUGAGGAGCCAGAGGAGCGACCCACCUUCGACGCCCUGUACAGGGUGCUCAGUCCAAAGACCACCUACGUGGACAUCAAUAGCCUGAGCGAUGAUUACGUCUUUCCGCCGAUUAGCGAGAAUAGGGAAUAAACCAAGUCCAAUAAGUUCACUCUACUUCUAGACGUCCUCCAUCGAUAAUUGUUAAAAGUUUAUUGCUGUCCCUAAACGUCUUAAUUCGAUAAUUGUUACAAGUGUAUUAUGGUAUUCGACUAUUCCUACUGUACAAAUAUCUCCGUCUGUGUGUGCAUAAUGCAGAGUUCAAAAUGUGCCGGAACAAAGUUUUCAAUUAAGUACAAGCUUAGUUAGUGGUUAGUCAGUAAGCUUUAGAGUGUCGGCUAAGUUAAGGAUAC